GGACUCUACUCCAAGUUCUUACUUGUGACUUGCUGGAUAUGAGCGGUGGUUGUGCGAUAUAUUCCUUCAGUACUCCCAUUGGGAUACAGCAGCAGGUUUUGGAUUAUAAACUCUCACCAUGAAGAAGCAAAUAAUGUUCAAGCACUCGUUACCUCAGUCUCCCAACUGGGACCAAAAGGCAGCAAACUUGGGAUAUAUGGGCUUUCAAGAACAUGGAGUGCCAAGCCGAGGAGAGUACGGACUGACACACACAGAGGGUUACAGACACACAGAUCCCCAAGGCUACAAGCGGAGAAGUGUAAACGAUCACAAAUACGCGGCUUGGGAAGAAUACAAACUGACAAACCUAGAAGAUUGCAGACAUAGGAGCCUUGAAGAGUCUAGAGACAGAAGUAGGGAAGAUUUAAGACAGACAGGUGCUGAAGAUCUGGAGGUGGUGGAGACGCUGUUGUCAUUCUCGCAACAUGAAAUGAGAUGGAGUAGCCGGGAGUGUGGGAGUAGCACCUUGGAGUUACCACCAUCCCCGCCUUCCUCACACGGAGGCAUAUCUCCGUAUCACCCGCUUGAGUCAGACUUGGAGGAAUCUUUUGAUCAACUUCCCUUUGACAAGAAAAGGAUUGUAAAAGAAACUGAAUUUCCCAAGAUCUUGAUGAAUGAGACGCCACCCCACACGCCAUGCACCCCUCCUCGUUCCCCCAGCCCUGUUCUCUCCAGCUACACUUCGAGAGCUUCCACCCCUCCUGGAUCUGGGGCAGGUGUUCCUGUUUCAGUUAUCGUCAAGGCAGACAGACGGCCGCCACAAGAGCCACGACAUGAGAGGCCUCGUACAUUAGCAGAAAGAAAAAUGUAUGAUAAUCGUGAUUUUAUUUACAGGGAAGACGAAGGUAAAUGGGAUUUUCAUGAAGACGAUCAAUCUUCUUCCCAAUUUCCAACCUUCAUAGGCCCUCACCCCAUUCCCCCUCGCAGCGUUAAUACCGCUCAGGAACAGAUCUUUGUACACAACAAGGACACAGAUCGUGGAUUGAACGGAGCCACUGGUGCUUUCACCAUUAAUACAUACUCUGUACCUGUUCAACAACCUCCUCAAGAAGCCACAACAAAAAAUGCCUCGGUCCCUAAAGCACCACAAGUUAGCAAUAGGCUCGUGGCGAUUGCACCAAAGAUGCCGUCUGUGAUUCCAGUACACUCUGGUAGCCCAGUGAUCCUAGCCCAAAUUAAUGGGUCUCCAACUAUGAUUCCUGCCACAAGUGCUGGAAUCACUCACCUCAUUGUUACAACACCUGGAAACAACGGUACUGCCGUCUCCCAGGUUCUGUCCCCUAUAUUGGUCUCAGCACCUACAUCACAAACUCCACAAGAAGACAGAAAGAGAGCAUUUAAAUGUACAUUUGAAAGCUGUGAAAAAACUUAUUAUAAAUCAUCUCAUCUCAAAUCCCACAUGAGGUCCCACACAGGAGAAAAGCCCUAUCAGUGUUCUUGGGAAGGCUGUGAAAGACGCUUCGCUAGAUCGGAUGAAUUAUCCCGUCACAAAAGAACACACACAGGCGAGAAAAGGUUCGAAUGUGCUUCUUGUAACACAAGAUUCAUGCGUUCUGAUCAUUUGGCCAAGCACAUGAAGCGACACACUCGUCGACGGAUUGGGGUUCCUGUGGCUCCAAAAGUCUCUCCUUUGGCGCCAGCCAUUAGCUUCAUAGCUGUACCUACUCAUCCCCAGUGACCUGAUCUCAUCUUGUAUCUAUAAAAACGCUAAACUUGUGAGGGUAUUUAAGUGGUAAGGAUUAAGUGACUCGUCUUUUACGUUUUAUACAAAAUAACUGGGUGUCACAGUUGAGUGAGCAGACCAAGUCAAAAUCCAAAUUGAAGUGCUUAUCAUUAAAACAUUGGGGAAUUUUGUAUUUGCCAAAUCUUAAAUUUGAAGGCUGAGGAUUAAAUUAAUUUAUUAGUAUAUUGUGAAUAUAUUUUUAAAUCAAUUUUUUAUUACCACAGCAAAUAUCGGAUUUGUCGAAAAUAUGGAAGCUCUGGGUAUGUGACUAAACCAGGGAAUUAUGUAACAAUCAAUUCCAGUGUGGAUGUAGAUGUGUCACUCAAUUUAUAUUUGUAAAGGUAUGCAAAUAAUUUGCACAUGGUUACCUUUUAAGGAAAAUGUGGUUUAUACUUUUUGUAUGAAUUGUGAAAACUUGUGUAGGUAUAAAGUACGUUAGGUCCGAGUUACAUCAGUUUACAAGUUUCGGGUUAAGGCCUCAUAUCAUUUAAACUUUCAGUCCAUGUCUUACGUGCUCUUCUAAAGUGUACCAAAUUUAUUGUGAUAUCUAUAUAUUUAUUUCUUGUUCUAUUAUAUUUGUGAUAAUUAUCACAUCCAAAGAUGUAAUAUUUUAUAUUCUUUAUAAUACAAAACCCACCUUGGGGAGAAAAUACAAAGGAAUCUUA